GAACUCACACAUCGGUACUGGUUCUACACACUUUUUAAUGGAAUUUCUGAGGCGAUGGCUUAGUUUCAUUUUGAAUUUUUCCGAUCGGUUUCUUGGGAAGGAUAGCGAGUCGGCUUCGGAUCUGUGCGCAUCUGUUCAUGCACCAGGCACCCUCUACAUGACCAUAUCCUUGCUAAGUUUGGCGUUAUCUGCCUCAGCGUCUUCGUGUACUGCCGCGCGACAAACUACCACCUUUUCGGGGCCCCAGCGAAAUCACACCUCCGAAUCUAGAAAAAGUUUUAAAAACAGUUAAUUGGAAAGCUUGGUCAGUGGUCGAUUAGCUGGCUGUCGUGCAACACCUUUCUAUAUCUCUUCAUCAAUACACACACAUACCCCUAUCUGCAGAGGCGGAAACAACAAAUAGUGGCAAGAAUAAUAAAAACCCAGCGACGUCAAAUACUAUACACAACAUAGAUUCCAGAAAACUUCCAGUGCACCUGCCAUGAAUUUUGGAAAUAAUUCAACACAAAUGCAAUUCGCGAGGCUGGUCUCGUAGUUUUUUUUUUCUUUUUCAUGAUUGUGUGAAGCAAGAAGUGUCUGUUGUUUUGUGGCAGAAGUAGUCGGAACGAAAUUCCUUCAGUAGAGUAAUAAUACCGCCAAAAUAAGUGAACCGCAAGAUUCGGCGUCGAAAUUCCACAUCGGAACGGGACGGGAACCCGAGCCUCAUUGUGACACCUUUCGGGAUUACUUCGAAUGUAGCACAAUUCAUAUUUACCCCCGUCGUCACGUGUAGUUGGAGGACGGAUUGGGUGUAUCGAAAAAAGGGCCUUAGAACACAAACAUCGCAAGUAAGCCGAGAAUAAUAAAAACGGGACAUAUUUUCAGCAGAACAGACUUGAUUUCUGUUUCUCUUAUCCGCGGUGUAGCCUAUAUGUGCCUCAAACCAAAUAUCUAAAUAGAAUUCGUUGUUUGGACGGAAGGUAUACGCAAACGUUGUUUCCGCACCCUCACACUGAGCGCGAAAGGUUGUGCGCUCACAGUUCGUCUAGUAUGGAAUGUUGCUGAUUGCUAAUAAAUUCAGAGGACUUUGCUUAAAAAAGUCAAUUUCACGCGAAAGCAGACCAAUUCAAAUUAUUCUCCAUAUUUACCCCAGAAAGACACUCUCAUCUGUAAAUUAACUCCAAAAUGACAUCAUAUCAUUCCAAUAACGGAGGUGGAGGCUACUCCGGGGAUGAGCAUGAGUCACGAAGUGGUGGCGGAGAUGAUCGCCCUGAUAGUGACAUAGGCGAUAAGCCCAUUUACUUGUUGGAACAUUUGGCUACCUUCACUGUGAAUAAGGAAACUGGUAUUGUAUAUCCAGCCGAUGGAAUGCGACGCCUUCUACAAUUGGAGAAGACAACAGGAAUCUGGUCGCAAAAGAUGCAAUUAUGUUUAGAUAAUCAAUGGGUGCUUAUUAUGGACUUUGAAUCGGGGAAUAUAAUCGAACGUUUUCCAGCCUCGUUGAUACAAGAACCGACCGCAUUUACUAGUAAUGAUCCAAUGGAAAUGUACAAUAACAUUCUAGUAUUUAUUGUUGCCGGAGGACCAGGAUCACGAUCGGAGAUGCACAUAUUCCAAAGUCAAUCAAUAUCAGCCGUCCACCUAGUCGAAGAUUUGAAACAAUUACGAAGCGGGAAGGGAUCGGUUCCGCAUCGUGAUCCUUUACCGCCAUCGUCCACAAUGCGAGCCAAUCAUCACAAUUCCUCAUCGUCUGCCAUGACAGGAGCAGCUUACCAAAAUGAGACGGAUUCUGAGCUAUGUGGUCUGAAUGAUGAAACCUCAUCGACGAUAUCUGGAGAUAAAUAUGAGCGCGAUGUUACCGUUUUAAAUCAUUGCUUUGAUGAUAUUGAAAAGUUUAUUGCGAGGUUACAACAUGUUGCAGCUGCAUCACGUGAGCUUGAACGGCGCCGUCGUAAUCGGAAGUCGAAAAAGAAGGACCCCGGAGAAGGUCUGCUAACAUUACGGACUAGACCUCCGAAUGAAAAGGAAUUUAUUGACAUUUUUGCCAAAUUUAAGCUCUCGUUCAACCUUUUGGCCAAAUUGAAAGCUCAUAUUCAUGAUCCGAACGCGCCAGAAUUAGUGCACUUCCUGUUCACACCUUUAGCCUUAAUUGUUGAGGCCGCAAGCGAUACGUACUACGAUUCACACAUUCCGGCACGCGUAGUUAAUCCUCUGCUGACGCGUGAAGCCAUCAAUUUACUGAUAAACUGCGUAACAAGCAAAGAAACUGAACUCUGGAGAUCGUUAGGCGAUGCUUGGACACAACCAAGAGACACUUGGAAAGGCCAUGUUGGCUCCUACCAUCCGGUCUUUUUCGAUGGCUGGUCACCAGAUUAUCCUGUCGUCGAUGAACUCGAACGUCCCACAACUCCAACAAAUGUGAAGCGUAGAAUUGAAACGCAUCAUGGUAGUACGGUCCUGGGUGACUACGGUGACUAUGAUGGGUCAAGCCAGGGUCCAUACCAAAACCCAGCCGGUGUUGGAAACACUGGUGGAAACAGUGGUCAUCGUGAUUUUAGCACUCGAAGCGAUAUUUCUAUUGACUCGAUUGAACGAAAUGGCGCAAUCCCGCCCAAUGGACAAGGUGCAAUAACUACCCCAGUUAGUAGUGGUAGCGCGAUAAUGGCAGUCUCAGUUGCUGGUAGGGAGAUGAACUCACGCAUGACGCAAGAUCAGUCGAUUGAGGCAUGGCUGGAUGAGCUGCAAUCACGUGGUGCUAAAAUUGUUCAAGUCACGUAUCCACGCACGGCAAAUAAUGAUAAGGAGCUCACGGUUGUUCGGGGCGAGUAUCUGGAGGUUUUGGAUGAUAGCCGAAAAUGGUGGAAAGCUCGGAAUAUUCGGGGGCAGGUUGCUCAUGUACCACAUACGAUAGUUACGCAGUACAGCUACAAUGAUAACGGUGGAAAUAGUAGCGCUGGGAAUGGAAACGAUGUCUUUAACAACCCACUUUAUACGCAAAACUACAAUAAGGGAAGGCAGGCAUCCGAUCCCGUCUCUGAACGAUAUGUGCAAUCUGGAAAUGAUAUGAUGGUUGGUCCAUCGACUACACCGAACUCCGCUGAUUGGGUACGAAACAAGCACAUCGAAAAGCCACACUCAUACCUACGUGAUCAUCAAACCAACGGGAACGAGGAAAUUUACAACGGUACAUACUCUCCCCAGGCUGAUCAAAAUGACCAAAAUUCUUAUGAGAAAUCCCGGAAAAGCGCAACCCCAACGCAACAGCCGCAACGUGUCAAUAAUUUUAUUUUUAAUAGCGUACCAAACGUUCCACCACCGCCACCUCCUCCACCCCCGGUACCGGUUACAGAAGGAAGUUCACAAUCAUCAUCUCGCACUAACACCCUUAAUUCUACUUUGAAAUCACAACAGUCAACUUCAAACGAUCCCCAAAACGAAAUGCAAGAGGAACUUCGAACAGUCCUUGCUCAUUUCCGUGAGAAACGCCGCACACUGGAUAUUUUGAAAACACCGGAAAUUUACAUACAACAGACUUCCACAGCAAAGGAGGUAGAGCAAUGGUUACGAGCCAAAGGAUUUUCCGAGAAGGUAAUAAAAAAAAUGAAAGGUUUGAAUGGAAACGAGUUGUUUGCACUGAAACGAACAACUUUGGAAGACUAUUGUGGUCAUGACGAGGGAAAGAGGCUUGCAUCGCAGCUAAUCAUCCAGCGCAAUGUUUCAGGGUAUAAAACCGCUCGAACAUCGGAGUUGCAAGCAAUCCUGGCGAAAGCUCGGAGGAAAACUGAUUUGGAAACACAGAAUACUUCAACCCCAUCGGUGCAAGAAGAUGCUGUAUAGGCAAACUUCCGAUCGUAAAAACGAAUUUAUACAAAAAUCCUAAAAGCGGAUUCUGCUUCAAACGCAAUUCUGACAGUGCCUUCCAGUGUUUACUAGAAAAAGAUACACCAAUCGUCCACAUUGUUAUCGGUUUUACUUGUUAUUCAGUCAUAGGAAGAAUUUAUAGCAUAUCGAAUACCCUUAUAUAAACAUAUACAUAGUAAAUAAAUAAAUAUUUAAAUACAACACUCAUAUACAAUCGAAGCUAGAGACAACUAUUUACUUAUAUAUUUAAAAAUAAAACUAAAAGGAAGAAACAAAUUA